CAAUUCAAAGAGAUGUAAAGUGGCAACAAAAUAAAGUGUAUAAAUCCGCAAAACUCGCGGCUCCCUUGUAGCCCGAUUUCCUAAAACCGGACAUAUAUCUCAAUAUAAAUAUUCCUUCUAUCUCAGUUUAUUUUAUUAGUAAUAAAUAUAUUCGCAGAAAUAUUUCAAGUUUCAAUAAAUUGAUUGCUUCAUUCAUAAAUCAUCACUGAUUUCUUUGAUAUAACCGAGGAGGAUUGGUGAUGGCCGAUCAUCACUGUGGAAGAGAUAACCACCACAUGAGGUCGUGCGCCUUGUCGUCGGCCGUCGACGGCGCCGGCGAGAUCAUUCUGUUCGGCGUCAGAGUGAAAGUAGACCCUCUCAGGAAGAGCGUUAGUCUGAAUAACUUGUCUCAGUAUGAUUACAACAAGAUGAUCGAAUCCACCAAAUCGGCGACUGCUCUCGCCGACGAGGGAUAUGCGUCGGCCGACGACGCUGUCCUCCUCAAUCAGCCUACCGGCGGCCGUGAGCGUAAGCGAGGUCCGAUUUCUCCCCACCUUCGUUUUGAGUUAUCAGAUUGAGAAUUAAUUGCUUCUGUGAUUCAUAUCGUAUUGAUAAGUUGAAAGUGGUGCAUAAAUCAUUCCCAUCAAAAUCUUCGGGAUGUAGAUGUAGCUCUUAUUUGCAUCCGAAUUUUAUCAUCGGAGAGUUAGUCUGAACUUAUCAAUUCAAAAUUGAAAAAAUUGCCUUCCACUUUCCAGAUUGUGGAUCAUCUGGCCAGCGCCUUGAAUUGGUUUUCGGUCUCCAGCUUUUGGAUUAUUUGGACUUUUGAAAAAAUUCUUUCCGCUUUCCAGCUUGUGGAUUUGUUGGACUUUUUAAAAAACGUUUCCACUUUCCAACUUGUGGAUUGUUUUUGGACUUUUGAAAAAAUUGAUUUCCACUUUACAGCUUGUGGAUUAUUUGGGGGAUAAUAAAUUUCCUUGUCGUGAAAAAAAAAACGAAAAUGAUUUAUUGUUUUUCAUUAUGCUGAUCAAAGGCUUCUUUUAUCAGGAGUUCCAUGGACAGAGGAAGAACACAAACUGUUUCUAUUAGGUUUGCAGAAGGUCGGGAAGGGAGAUUGGAGAGGAAUCUCUAGAAACUUCGUCAAGACCCGAACCCCCACUCAAGUGGCAAGUCAUGCUCAGAAGUACUUCCUCCGUCGGAGCAACCUCAACCGCCGACGUCGACGCAGAUCUAGCCUCUUCGACAUCACUACGGAUUCGGUUACCCCGAUGUUAACCGAAGAGCAAGAAUCUCUUACAGCAAACUCAACCCCCGGAUCUCUAUCCAGCCCAUUGCCUAUUUCAGAAUUAUCCCAAAACAGUCCAUUUGCAUUUGCCAGUACACCUGAGCAAAUCAGUUAUAGUGUGCAACAAAUCCAAGUUGAGGAAAAGCCAAUACGCAAUCUUACCACUACUCCAACUGAUGAGCACAGUGAUCCAUCGGCCGCGUUCAUUUUGCCAGUUCCUGUACCUCAUUUGAAUAAUCCAUCAACCCGCAUUGUCAUUAACUUGAAUGAGAGUGUGGAGAUGGAGCCUUCAUCAUUGUCCUUGAGUUUGUCAUUGCCGUUUGAUCAAACACAAACUCAUUCUUCCAGGCACCAUCUAUAUCCGGCGGUGUCCAGUUUGAAUAGUGGAGAUUCCAUCAUUGCGGUGGCAUGAAAAGGGAACUCUUGAAAAGCGAACGAUACCUAGAGUGGUUCCGUUAUGAAAUACGGAGUAUGCAGUAAUUUGGUCGAGUCGAACACAAAUGUUCUUUUGGAAAUCUGGAUUUUCCAUUGCAUGUUUACUUCAAAAUUAGACCUUUGCACCCCCAUGUUUUGUUUUAUUUGACUUUGCACCCCGGAUUACCCAAAAGUGGGGUGCAAAAUCAAAUAUUAAUAUGUAUAAAAUAAUGAAGUGCAAAGUCUAAGGUCAGUUUGUUUGAUCUACCAGUCUCUAUCAGAGGUGGGGGUUACUGUUAGAGAUUUGCAAUUCUAUACUGGUGAAUUGAAUUGCGACUCGUUCUUAUGUUUUUGGGUAUCCCUUUAGAGUGCGCCUAUAUUCGGUCGUAUCAAAUAAUCGGAAUUAAUAUAUUCGUAGAUUCCUUUGGGUAAUUAUUUGCUACAAAAUAUUUAUUUAUAUUAUAUUAUCUACAAUUUGUAAGGAACUAAGAAGAAUCUAAGACAUGGAGCUUAUGAAAUACUAGUGCCAUCUCCAAUGUAUGGUGGACACGACAUUGGUCCGGUCCGCCUUCAUUUCUGGACCGAUUAUGUACCAAUCUUUAGCAGCAAUAUAAAAGAGAAUAAGCGUAUAAUAAUAUGGGAAAUAAUGAUCAUAUCUGGACCGUUUAUGAUACAGUUCUU